AGCGAGCCCGGCCCGCACCGGCGCACCAGCCCAGUCAAAGCGAGCGUGCGCGGAUUUUGUUUUCGCGGUGCGCGAAUUCAAGCCCAUGUGGCGUGAUCGUCGCGUUUCGACAACCAGCUAAAUACGAACUGUUCAAAAGUGUGUUAGAUUCGGUUUGUGAAAUCUGUGCGAUGAGAAACAAACGCGCAUAUACACUGCAUAACUUUCUUGUUGACAAAAAAGCAGCAGGCAUGACCGAGUCCAUCAUAACGCCAGCCGCCUCGGUGGCUGACAUCCGAGUGUAUGGCCGGCGGUGGGUCAUCUUGGCCCUCUUCUCACUGGUCCUCAUGCUGAACUCGAUGCCGUGGUCACAAUACACCGUGCUGGAGGACGUGGUCACGGAGUACUAUGGUGUCAGCAGCAGCCAAGUGGAGUGGACAGGACUCGUGUACAAUGUUACGGCCAUGGUGCUGGUGCUGCCCGCCGCCUGGUUCCUAGAGAAGUAUGGCGUGCGCGCUGCUGUUACCGUUGGUAUCGUCGGCACCACUCUGGGGCUGUCAGUGCGCAUUGUGGGCUGCUGGCCACGUCAUUUCUGGGCGGUGAUUGUCGGGCAGGCUAUCGUAGGUGCAUCCACUAACUUUUUGACCUCUGCACCUACUAGAGUCGCGGCCCUAUGGUUUCCAGCUAAGGAGGUUUCAUCGGCCUUGGCAGCCACCAUGAUAGGUCAAACGGGUGGAGUCUGUCUUGGUUCUCUACUUGCACCACUCUCCGCGCGCGGUACGUGGACAAGGCAAGACAACUUUUGGGGGUUUUUAACUCUGAACGGAAGCAUGGCGGUAGCAGGUUUUCUUUUACUUCUGGCCAUCUUAUUCUUCUUCCAGAAGGCUCCACCUCAUCCCCCAUCCAGCUCGCAAGCUACAGCCCAAGUUUUACUGCAACCUGGAGAAUACUUUAAAUCAGUUCGGCGCAUAAUGAAAAACGGUAGCUUCCUCCUGCUGCUGCUUUCGUUUAACAUUAUCGUAAGCGUGUACGUCUCCGUCACCACUUUGCUCAACAGAGACGUCAUGUCUUAUUUUCCAGACCAUGUAUCAGAAACUGGAGUUCUUGCCAUGCUUCUAACGUUAACUGGAGUGAUUGCCACGUUCGCUUUCGGAAUUUUGUUAGACCGGACGAAAAAGUUUAAAGAACUCUCAGUCCUAUCAUAUUUUGGCUGUCUCGUCUCUCUCGCGCUGUACUCGGCGACAAUAAGUUUGACCUCAAUGAAGGUGUUAUACGUGGCUGUUGGCAUCAUGGGUGCUUUCCUGGCAUCCUGCUUUGUCCCUGCUUACGAGUGGGCCAUAGAAUUAACAUACCCAGAGUAUGAGGGCAACUCCGCGUCACUGCUGAACUGGAUUGUGCAGCCCUGCUCUCUCAUCACCACCCUGGCGUACAGCCGCGUCUUCUCCACGUGGGGCCCUCACGCGGCUCACGGCCUGCUAGUGGGGCUCACUUUUGCCGGACUCGUCGCGCAGAUCUGCAUCCCAAAGCGCUACAGGCGGCUAGAGGCUGAGCGGGCAAUCCCCGACACACAGGGCAUCGACAACCCAGCUGUCGAUCCAGACACAAUCGACUGCACGUGAAGAGUCCGGUGUCCGGCUGGCACCACUGAGGGAAUGGACUGUCAUGGACACCUGAAUGUAGUUUUAUUCCGUCUCUAAUCAGUUGGAUUUUGCCCCGAGACCCGAGACCUUCCGCAUCCCACGCCCACGGGGACUGUCGUGAGGAUAAGAGACCUUCUAGCGGGCGAGCCCUCGGGCGAGCCUCCUGUGGGGUAGCAACGAAGUGUUAUUUUUACUUGAAGUGCACUGCACAACCGGGGGGAUAGUAGGCGAAAACAGGAGCGCUUCAGACAGCCACUUCAGCGGCACCGCUCGACAUGUUGCUAUAGGCAACAUUCCUGUCGAGCACCUCGCGAUUAUCCAGGUCAAUGAGUUGGCGGAAGAGUUUCUUCACUCGCGAACAUUCCCAGAGUUGUCUACCGUUUAAGAUUGAGUACUCUCUCAAAUGUAUGUGAAUUAAAGUGCAUGUCUGCACUGAAUUAUGUACAAUAAUACUUUUAUACCAACACAAUACAAUUUUGGAUGUUACACAACAUGUACAGUCAAAGCAAAAACAUGUGUAUAUUUUAUUGUGUUGUUUUUUAUAGCUCCAACGCUGUAAAACCCGUACUAUGCAAACCAUAAAGCUCAACUAAAAGUAUUUUAAGUUCGAUUGUAAUACAAUUUUACUUUAUCUUAACGAGUAACACCGAGAGUAACACACAAAUUAACUGUGAAGUUUUUUUUUCCUUUUCAUAGUAAUAAAAAACAGUUCUUGUUACCUGAGAAACGAA